AUAAAAUUGCUCUUUCAGGCCUAAUCCUCCAGUUUUAUAAUUCCCUGUGUAAUGAAUGAAUGUGAUUACUUAUGUAAUUAUUUUCUCUAAAUAAAUUAAAAGUAUACGGUAUAAUGGAAAACUUCUGUUUUAAUUUGGGUUGUUAAUCAUCUUAAGAUGGGUGCUGUCACUCAUUACUGCAUUUUUGGGAUGACAGAAACCUUCAUAUCUGGACUUCAGCUCAAUUCACAGAAGACCAAGACAAGAAGUGGAAUUUCCAUACCAGAAAAAGCUAGCUCUCAUCCUUCUUUCAUGUAGCUUACCUGUUGAAUAAUGAGACAGAGGCUGAACCCACUUCAUACAUAAAAAUUUCAAUAGAUUAGUCUAUAGAAUUUAUAAAUAUAGAAUGGAAGAAGGAAAAGCAAGAGCCCUUCUGAAACUGAUGUGCUCAGAUUCUGAGAAAGAAAGAGGAAUGAGGGAAAUCAAGAAGAGAUUAGUUGAUGCUACAAAUAUUCCAGUAUUUAGGAAGGUUGGUUUGGUGCCCCAACUACUGAAAUUGAUCAAACAAUUCUCUAAGACAUCCAGCACCUUGACAGCUGAUGCCACUGUUGGUGCAACUAAUUUGAAAACUGUUGGUGAAGAUGAGGAUUGUACCCUUGAUGUGCAGAAGCUAGAAUUUGAAGACCUGCAGCGUCUGAAAGAACUGAGCUGCAGCUCAAAUUCUGCUUCAAUCUCGUUGGAGACCAGCUAUAAAUUUGUGCAACUUCCUCAAGUUGCUGAAAUUAAUAAUAAAAGUUGUAAAAUUCUCUUGUAUGCUAUGAGUCUCCUCUGUAGCAUGCUCCAAGAUUACUCUGUCAAAAAACAGUGUGAAGGCUACAAAGCAGUUCGUUUUGUGCUGCCACUGCUUCUCUGCGGAGAGCAGCUAAUUGCCGAACGUGCAGUAAGAGCGACUGCAUUCAUGGUUCAGCUGCCUGGCUGGAACCGCCAGAUGUUCAUUAGAUAUGAAGGACCUAAACAUCUUCUUCAAGCGCUUCUUAAGCCUACUUCUGAAGAUGCUUCCUUUCAUAAAACCUUGCUAAAUGCAAUUCGCUUAGUGUCAUGCUGGGGUGACUGCUGUGAGGCAGUGCUAAGAGCCAAAGGACUCGUGACCGUGUGCAAUGUGGGACUGGCUUGCCCUGACCUCCAAGCGUCAGCCGUGCGCAUCUUAGCGACCUACAGCUCCUUGCAGCAGCAAGAUGCGCUAGUGCAGCUGCUGGAUGGAACGAAGGAGUUGAAUCUGCUAUUGCGUGUGUGGCAAGACAACCGCGCAUGCGCAGUCGUCCAUAGCAACACGGUGCGCGUGGUGCUGAACCUGGUAAAGCUGGCGACCCUGGCCACGCAGCAGAAAAUGGGCAGCGCGCGUCAUACGUGGGUCGCAUCCAGUAGAGCCAGCGACAAAAACGACGCCAGUGUGCGUGCUAGCGCUAAUCUUCCUGCAUUGAGAGUCCGACUUCUCAAGGCUUUAUUUGGGAGCAAGGCAGCCACUGCUCUCGUUGCUGAAAUAAUUAGUUUUGAAGGCAUGUUGCCAGAGAAGGUUGUAUCGGGCCUAUGCACCCUGUGUGACGGUUCACUGGAGCCUGGUGACCCAUUGAGUCGCUCGAACGUGGCCCUGGUGUGGCUGCAGGUGGUUGAUGCUGGUGGCAUCAAGCCGCUCGUCGGCGUGCUGCUCAAAGGCGACCCUCAAUCUCCUGACGACGGCAGCCAAACGUACGAUGACGAGGAAGACGCCGGCGUCGCAAGGAUGCAGAAAAAAAUAUUAAGUUCUCUUCUUGCACUCGAGUGCAAUAAUGGAAUUCAGGAGAUGGUCUUCAAGCACUGCCUUGCUGCAAAAAUUCUAACUGCGUUGUGCUUGCAUUUUGACGCGGCUUUUGCACGGUACCAGAAUAGCAGACUUCCUUAUGUUGAAGCGUCGUGCUGUGCGCAUCAAGUCAAGUUACUUAAUGGGAAGCAAGGAGGCGACAGCGGCAGAGCUGCCUCAAGCUGUAAUAACAGCAAUAGCGGCACAGUGUCUCAUAAUUCUAGUCGAGUCAGUCGUUCAGCAAAUUUGAAACUCAUUGUUGAUGGAUCUUGUGUCCCAGAAAAUCAAAGAAAUGGACGAAAUUCACGCUCUCUAUCCCCUCCUCUAGUUCAUCCCCUCGCUCCCGUAUCUCCUCCCUCCAGUCCCUAUGACAGACCUCUGUUUGUCUACACUCCAUACUCUCCUCCAUCAAGAAGAAGACACAAGGAACGAUCAACUUCAAUUUCACCCAUCCCGUCGCCUUUUUUCCAGCCCAUCACCUCUCCGUCAUCUUCUCCACCGCACUUGACUGCAUACUCACCCAUCAAACCUGGCGGUUCAUCACCUUUUGGUGGCUGGAGCUCACCGUCUCAUUCAUCUUCAUAUUCACCUACUCAUUCGCCAUCAUAUUCAGCUGCUCAUUCUUCAUCUUAUUCGCCUGCUCAUUCUUCAUCAAUCUCGCCGGCUUAUUCUUCCUCAUAUUCGCCUGCUUGUUCUCCGUCAAACUUAUCUUCAGGUUCAUCAUCUUCUGCACCCUUUCAAGCAUCUUGCUCAUCAAGUGUCUCCCCUAAAACUGUAAAGUCUUCCUCCUGUUCUUCUGUGUGUCGCCCCGAGCCAUAUCUGCCAGGAGAUCUGACUAGUGCUUCUGUUGCAGUCGAAAGAAAGGCUGAGUCUGUACCUCAAACUACUUUGAAUUGUUCCUUGUCUGUCAACUUAAAGAGAGGCAGGAGUGGGUCUGACAAUCCAACAAGAAGCAGCCUGAAAAAAUUCAAAGACUUGGGAGCAGCUUCUAGUUCUUUGUUGAUUCCUCUAAAAUCUACUGAGAAACUGGCAGAUAGUGAAUUUGACAGUAGCAUAAAUGAGGAUAGACCUCAAAUUAAAAGUGGACAUCGCAGCGUGAGAGAGAGUGAAACUGAUGAAACAUCGCACCUUGCAGAAGAAGUUACAAAAAAGUUACUGGAGUCAGACUUGUUGACAGACCAAUCUAUUAAUAACGUGCAAAUGGGUUCUGGAGAAUCAUCUUUAAUCGAUUCACCGAAUUCAUCGUCCAAAACCAAAGUCAGUAACUAUUGCAACCGUCAUCAAAAGUAUGCUCAAGUAGAAGUGCAGUGCACUGCAGUGAAGCCGCUUCAACAGGAUUUUGAUAUUGAUAGCCCAAUGUUUGAGGAUCCUGUAAUUUCAAAAACAUCAUUAUCUCAGAUGACGAACACAGAAACAGUUGUCGACACUCAGGCCAUGAAUCGCGUCAAGUUUCAAAGGAGUAAGCAAACCCGUGAACGUCGCUCCUCGGAACCUGACUCGAAAGUCGCUGCAAUUCCGAGCAUCUUUGAUGACCCCGCCGAGUUGUCUCCCGGGGACGUUAGUGAUUCAGGCAAGGACGAGUCUUCCCUUGGCUUUUUGAAUUCUAUUAGUAGAAGUGAUGUGAACAAUGCACCAUCAUUAUGUAAUUCUGAUAAAACUAGGAUCCAGAAAGAUAACCUAGAAGAUGCAUCCAGUUCAAAACCGACUAUUGAAGACGAAUUCAAGACUAAGCAGCAACUUAAGAGUGUUCUUGUACGCGAGUUCAAUCAUAUCAAAUUUCGGGUCGGUAAGAGAGCUAAAGCCAAUGAAUCAAUCUCAUCCAUCUCUGGAACAAGUGAUCAAGGCAAUGAAACUGGUCAUAUUACUGUUAAUAAAGACAGCUUGGGCAAUGCAUCAAAUGCGCGACCAUCAGCUCUGGCCACGUCUAAGAACAUUUCCAGACCUUCUGGUUCGGGGGGAAGUUUGCUUUCUAAAGGAGCUUUAAAAGGCAAAUUAGGAGGUAGCGAUACGACCACGACUAAAAUUCCAGAGAAAAAGCCACUUGAAGCAGAAAACGAUGAAGCCGACCGUCCCCAGGAAGAUUUGGAGUCUUGCUUACGUCAUCUUGAAGUUAUUGUCCGAAAUAUUUCUCAGGUGUGUGAGAUUCAGGAGGCGCUGGGGAGCGUGUGUCAGGAGUUCCUGCCCCGAGUAAUGCUUUAUCUGCGGCACUGCCAUCGCGUGCACCCCGCCGCCACGCGACUCCUCUCCACCAUCACCAAGACGCCAUGCAGCAUCCAGGGACUCCUUGACACUUAUUUCCCCGCGUACGUGGGUGUGCAAUUGUGCGAGAGUAACAUAGUCGCCAACAGCGAGCUUAUGAAAUGCAUCUGCCCUUGCUGUGUCAGUGGAAGAGACUUGUGCAAAGUCUCUUUUAACGAAAAUCGCCUCACUUCAAACUCCUCUGAGAAAAAGCACAACUCGACUACCAGCAUGGCUUCCGAUUGUACAGCCUGUGAUACAAGUUCUGCUUGUGAUGAAAGUUGUGCCUGUGAUACAAAAAGAAAAGUCACUACUUCUCAAUCAGAACCCAAGGCUUCAGAUGGACGCAGCGUAAAAUGUGCGGGAAUUGCGAAGAGGUGCAGCCAGUGCCUGCUACUCGUGGCUGGCGGUGAGGCGUUUCUUAGCAACGUGCUAAAUUUUUUCGGCCACGUGCAUCAGUACGGCAGCCAAGAAGCCCGCAACAGGCUGAGUCCAAAUGCCCCUGCCUAUGUUAGAGAAACUUGUUCUCUUAAUAUACCUCACGUUGCGAGAUGUCCGCUGUUGCUGCAGAAGCUGUUGAUACAGUUAGGAGGUCUGCAGGAUAUCUUCAACGUUCUCUCCGAGAACGAGUCGCCUUCAUCAGUGCGCUACAUCUACGCGGCCGCUGCUCUACACGCCCUCGCCAAAACCCUCGACCUUUCCUUAACUGCAACUCGCGGUACAACCUGCACCAUGUGCUUGAUCUCAGCAUCGGACAGCGAAUGUGGAGAGGAAAAGUCUCAUCCAGAAAUUUCAUUUUUGAAAACUGCCCCGAAAGCCAACCACAAAACACCGAGUAUAAAUUCUCCCAAUGUAAAUUCAUCACACACUAAAUUCAAUCACGGCCGUUGCUUGUGGUCUGAACUUAGCGAUCACGAUGUAGUUCUCGAAAGCAUUGACAGCAAUGAGAUAGAAAUGGAAGAUGAUUCAGGUCCUGAAAACUUCCUCCAGGACGAGUACAGCGAAGAGGAACUCAGUGACAUGGACUGCCAUGAUCGCGAUGAGGCGAUGCCUUGCGGUGCUUCUAACAUACUAAAGUGUGGUGAUUCUGUACAAGUAAACACUGGUAAAGAACCCAAAUCCAUUGUUACCCUCGAUGCCGACCAAAGUUCCACGCAAAAACCGAAAGUUUCUAUAGCAGGUAACGAAGUUGUUGAAGAUAAUUCACAGACCUCUGGAAACGCGAGAGGCAUUCGCGCCCACCGGUCUGUCCUGCGGGAGGCCAGUGAGGCUUGGGCGGCCAUGUUGGGUGACCAAGGAUGGAAAGAGUCCACUGACGGGGUCGUGAGGGUUGGUUCGGUCGGUCCUGAGAGCCUGAAGGCCAUCGUGCACCACCUGUAUGGCUGUACUUGCUCUGCCCUGUCUUGUAUAUCCCUGAGCUCGUACGUUGAACUCCUACACGCCUGCCACAUGUACGGCUUGACGCGCCUACAAAACUACGCUGCUCACAGGAUCGUGCAGGUCUGCAGGUCCGGUAACGACGUCGUGUCGGUGUUCAGUCGUGACGUGGGCAGGAUAGACGAAGAGGUCGUAAAGAGCGUUCUGUUACGUGUCGUGACGUGCACCAACGUGCGGUCGUGGCGUCGUGCUCAGUGGCUGCACAGCAUAGCUCACUCCGUGCAUGGCAAAGACCUUCUGCACAACCUCCACACCAUCCUCUAUAACGCGCUCAACAAUAACAGGGACUGCUGCAAUUGCAACUCUGCUAAAGGCCUCUACAUGACCAGUUACUCGGUCUAUGAUAAACUCGUGUGAGAUCUUCUCAGGCCACGACGUUCUAGUGCCCCUGCCUAAACAGUUCUCAGCCAAUGAAGUCAAUGAUAAGCUCGUCUAAUGUCUUCCGUUGUUAUAAUAACCUUGUGACCAUUUAUGACCAGUUACUCGCCCAGUCAAUGAUAGACUCACGUUAUGUCUUCCGUUGUAACGAUAUUCUAGUGAGAGCGAUAAUUUAGGUAAACUUUCCCCAAAUACAGCAUCAUGUUUUCAUCCCAGAUAGAGCGUUGUAUGUUUUUUCCAUGUAGAAUAGUCUCUGAUUAGAAUGUCCUUGUCUUAUUUAUUGAUGAUAUCUUAUUUUAUUUACUGGGCAGGGUGGCCCAGUGGUU